AUGGCAACUAGUCAAUCAAGUGUAACUUCAAACCGACGUAUAUAUAUGGACAGAAUGGAAAAUGUCUUCCUUAUUUGGUUGGACAGCAAUAUUGAUGAUUAUAAUACUGAUUGUAAUAAUACAAUCAAACAAUUUAAACGUGUUGUUAACAACGUAAAUACGUUUACAAAUGGUGAAGAAUGUAUUGAAUUUAUUCAAACCAUUACCGAUAACAAAGUAUGCUUGAUUGUCUCCGAGUCACUUGCACAAGAUAUUGUGCCUCAUGUGCAUGAUAUACCCCAAGUGGAUACCAUUUUUAUUUUUUAUAAGAAUCAAGAAUUGGAUAAACAAUGGGCCAAAGAAUGGCCUAAAAUAAAAGGAGUCUUCUCAGAUAUAACAUCAAUCUGUGAAGCUCUUAAACAAAUUACUCACCAAUGUGAGCAAAAUGCCAUUUCAAUCAGCUUUGUGGCAUCAAACAAAAAGCUGGAUCAAUUAGAUCCAUCAUUUAUGUAUACCCAGAUCUUGAAAGAGAUCUUAUUGACCAUCGACUUCGAAGAUAAACAUAUUAAAGAAUUUAUUACUUAUUGUUGUGAAGCAUUUGUCGAAAAUGAUUAUGAUUUACAUAAUAUUGAAAAAUUGGAACGUGACUAUCAUGAUCGAACACCGAUUUGGUGGUACACUUAUCAAUGUUUUUUAUAUUCGAUGCUUAAUCAAGCAUUAAGAUUAAUGAAUGCUGAUAUAAUUGUUCGAAUGGGUUUCUUUAUUAAUGAUCUACAUCGUGAUAUUCAACGACUUCAUUCGGAACAAUUUCUUGGUCAACAAUUUGGUAGAACAUUUACAGUUUAUCGUGGACAAUGCCUUUCAAAAGAAGAUUUCAUCGAAAUGACAAAAACUAAAGGUGGACUUCUUUCAUUCAAUAACUUUUUAUCCACUAGUACAAAUCGUGAUGUUUCUCUCUGUUUUACAUCACAACCUGUUACAAAUCAUGAUCUCGUUGGAAUUUUAUUUGUUAUGUCAAUUAAUCCGACUGAUUCAACAACUCCAUUUGCUUCUAUUAGUGAUGUUAGUAAUUUUGAUAUGGAAGAUGAAAUCCUCUUUUCUAUGCAUACCGUUUUUCGUAUUGGAGAUAUUAAACCAAUGGAUGAAAAUAAUAAUGUCUUUCAAGUGAAUUUAACAUUGACCAAUGACAACGACCAAGAUCUUCGUACUCUCACUGAUCAGAUGCGGCAGGAGACCUUUCCAGAUUCGAAAGGAUGGUACAGACUAGGUCAAUUGCUAAUUAAAAUGGGCCAGUCUGAUAAGGCUCAAGAAGUGUAUGAAGUUUUACUUAAUCAAACAACAAAUGAGAGUGACAAGGCACCGAUUUAUUAUCAACUAGGUUGGAUCAAAGAUAAUCAAGGAGAAUAUCAAGAAGCACUUUUAUCUCAUGAAAAAGCCCUUGCAAUUCAACAACAAUCACUUCCUUCCACUCAUCCUGAUUUGGCUAAUUCCUAUAACAACAUCGGUUUGGUGUAUGACAACAUGGGCGAUUAUCCAAAAGCACUUUCAUCUCAUGAAAAAGCCCUUGCAAUUCGACAACAAUCACUUCCUUUCAAUCAUCCUCAUUUGGGUUCUUCCUAUAAAAAUAUCGGUAAUGUGUAUAGACACAUGGGUGACUAUUCAAAAGCACUUUCAUCUUAUGAAGAAGCCUUUACAAUUCAACAACAAUCACUUCCUUUCAAUCAUCCUCAUUUGGGUGGUUCCUAUAACAACAUCGGUUUGGUGUAUAGAAACAUGGGUGAUUAUCCAAAAGCACUCUCUUACUAUGAAAAAGCUCUUGCAAUCAAACAACAAUCACUUCCUUCCAAUCAUCCUGAUUUGGCGAAUUCGCAUAACAACAUCGGUGUGAUGUAUUACAACAUGGGUGAUUAUCCAAAAGCACUUUCAUCUCAUGAAAAAGCCCUUACCAUUCAACAACAAUCACUUCCUUCCAAUCAUCCUCAUUUGGGUCGUUCCUAUAACAACAUCGGUAAUGUGUAUCACGACAUGGGUGAUUAUCCAAAAGCACUUUCUUAUCAUGAAAAAGCUAUUACAAUUCGACAAGAAUCGCUUCCUCCCAAUCAUCUUCAUUUAGGUAGUUCUUAUGGCAACAUCGGUAAUGUAUAUAACAGCAUGGGUGAUUAUCCAAAAGCGCUUUCAUCUCAUGAAAAAGCUUUUGAAAUUCAACAACAGUCACUUCCUUCCAAUCAUUCUGAUUUGGCUAUGUCUUAUAACAACAUCAGUUUGGUUUAUGGGAAUAUGGGCAACUAUUCAAAAGCGCAUUCAUUUUAUAGACGUGCUGUACAGAUUGGACAACAAUCAUUACCAAUAAAUCAUCCUAAUCUUCAACAGUGGAGAAAAAACUUUGAAGACAUGAAAAAGAAAUUAUAA